AUGGCGCCGAUGCGCCGGUAUUUCAACCCCGGCCCUUUGGCGCCCAGCGCGGCUCUGAUUGGUCUAUCUAAAUGGACGACUGUGGUCGAAAUCGAUACAAAGGGCGCAACUGCAGAUGAAUAUUACUAUGCGCAUCAACUCAUUGACGUCAAGCGGUUCGCUUCGGCCCUUGACCAAGCCAUGAAAGAACACAAGGGCACCAUCUCUCAAGUUCCGAAAGUUACUGUCGGCUUGCAGCAAUGGGAAAUCCCACUGUUCAGGGAGGAAGGUCAAAUUGAAAGCAUCCGCAUGGAACACCAACAUGAAGCCCAUGCUUGGAGUAGGUUCUGGGUUGACGAGGGGUGCAGCGAUGCUAUUUUUGAGGUUGCCUACGGAUCUACUAACCCUCGAACCUGUUCUACCUGUGCCAAGGAGCUUUUGACCUGGAUCGGCUGUUACGAUUACGCACACAAAUUCCCCGAGUCAGGCAUCUAUUUGAGAUGCAAGGAGCUCGGCGAUGCAGAGCUUACGAUUGCGCUAGCCCACAAGUCGUCGCUGUGGCCUACCGAAAGUCGUUUACUCUGUGUUAUUUGA